AUGAAUGUAGCAGCCAAGUACCGCCAGGCAUCCCUGUAUGUGGGUGAUCUCAAUGCAGAUGUCACCGAGGACCUGCUGUUCAAAAAGUUCAGCACUGUGGGGCCUGUGCUGUCCAUCCGCAUCUGCAGGGACCUGGUCACCCGCCGCUCCCUGGGCUAUGCCUACGUGAACUUUCUGAAGCUGGCUGAUGCCCAGAAGGCCCUGGACACAAUGAACUUUGACAUGAUAAAAGGCAAACCCAUCCGUCUCAUGUGGUCUCAACGUGAUGCCUACUUAAGGAAAUCUGGCAUUGGGAACGUGUUCAUCAAGAAUCUGGACAAAUCUAUUGAUAACAAAACCCUUUAUGAACAUUUUUCAGCUUUUGGGAAGAUCCUGUCCUCCAAGGUGAUGAGUGAUGAUCACGGCUCUAGGGGCUAUGCAUUUGUGCACUUCCAGAACCAGAUCGCGGCCGACAAGGCCAUCGAGGAGAUGAAUGGGGCCCUGCUUAAGGACUGCAGGCUGUUUGUUGGCAGAUUCAAAAACCGUAAAGAUCGGGAAGCCGAGCUCCAAAACAAGGUCAAUGAAUUCACCAAUGUUUACAUCAAAAACUUUGGAGAUGACAUGGACGAUGAGAGACUGAAGGAAGCUUUUAGUAAAUAUGGCAAAACCCUGAGUGUUAAGGUUAUGACAGAUUCCAGUGGGAAAUCCAAAGGCUUUGGCUUUGUGAGUUUUGAUAGCCAUGAGGCUGCCAAAAAGGCUGUUGAAGAAAUGAAUGGAAAGGACAUAAACGGACAGCUGCUUUUUGUAGGCCGGGCGCAGAAGAAAUCAGAGCGGCAGGCUGAGUUAAAGCAAAUGUUUGAGCAGCUGAAACAGGAAAGAUUUCGGAGAUGCCAGGGCAUGAAGCUCUAUAUUAAGAACCUCGAUGAUACCAUUGAUGAUGAAAAACUGUGGAGGGAAUUUUCUUCGUUUGGGUCAAUUAGCAGAGUCAAGAUAAUGCGGGAAGAAGGGCGAAGCAAAGGGUUUGGCUUGAUCUGCUUCUCCUCUCCUGAGGAGGCCACUAAAGCAAUGGAUGAGAUGAAUGGCCGAAUCUUGGGCUCUAAGCCACUCUGCGUUGCCCUGGCCCAGAGGCCCUAGGAGAGAAAAAAUUCCUGCACCAGCCAGUGUUUAAGAAUUGCUAGUAUAAAUUCAGUAUCUAAUUUCAUUUUGAAUUAA